CUGUCGUCGUUGUGCGCACGCGCACGGACCAAAACAGACGAGUUUGACCUUGGAAUAAUUUGAAUCCGUGGGAAAAGUUAGACGGAUGCAAAGUUUCGUGCGAAUUUCAAGAAAAUAAACAUAAUUCUAACAGGAUGGGACGACCAGGUCAAUUCGAUGAGUCUCCUAAGCGAAAAAUUUGCCUUCGAAGCCUUACCCUGCCACCGAAUGAGGUUUUGUCGAGCCAACGCUCUAAAAUGAAAGAAAAUAGUGCAUCCUCAAAACACACUAUCAACUACUCCCCAAAGUCAACAUUCCUCAGAGACUUGAGAGAUUGUGGGAAAAUCAUAAAAAUAGCAAGGUCUAGACCCUCAAAAAGCCCAAGCACGAAGUCUCCUGAAAGCAAAUUUGUCAGAAAAUGUUGCCAAAAGAAAAGCACUAAGAAGAAUGUGACAUCUCACCGACACAAGAAAAUCUAUUGCCCUUCCGAGGACCUCUCCAGGCUACGAGACUUCCGGCAGUUCAACUGGAACGAGUGCCAUCCUGCAGAAAAGAAGAGAAAUAUUUCACGGAAAGAUACGCCUAGCCAUAUUUGUACUCACGAGUACAAACUGAGCGACAGACUUCUGCCUGAACCACUUGCUUCAUCAGGGACGGGGGACAGCCUAUGCAGUGUUUGCUUGGUGCCUUCAAAAGAGGCAACUUUCAGCAAACACCUUCUCCUUUCUCUGGACGAGGCACAGGAGAUUCCAGAUCCAUACCUUUACAAACCAAGACUGAGGCCAAUCAAACACAGACUGAUCACAGAAGCUCCUACGUUGAGCUACAUUCCACAUUUUAAGCAAAGAGUUGGGCAACUAUUGACUUCGUAAAACAUUGAAACGAAAACGUGAGAAAAGUGAUUUAAAAAGCAUAAUUAAAGAGAUGAAAUGCAGUUUUAAAUUUUUAUUAUUUUUUCGCU